CUGUGUGGAUGGGCACAACGUUCAUUCUAACAAAAACUUUUGCACGACAUUAGUUUAAUAAUUUUUGUUCGCCGUUUCUCUAUUUUCCUAUUUCGUCUCGUUAUUUGUUUUGCCUCCUCCUCCCCCACUCUCAUUUGUGUUGUACAUUUCCGCAUAGCUGCAACUGUGUGUGAACGGCAAUAUUAUAUAUAUUAUAUACACUAUAUAUGUGUAUGUGUGUGUGUAUGUGCAAUAUACAGAGAGAAUCCAACGGGAAGACACUGAAUUCUGUGAGGUGCUUCAGUGCAAUCGAGAAUGCGUUGCGGUCGGACGUCGUCGUCGUUGUCAUCGUCAUCGUCGUCGUCGUUGUGGUCGUUGUCGCCGGGUGCGCCAUGAACAAUUUGUAGCUAAAAGUAUCCUCAAAUUCAACAAAAAUUAUCCCCUCAAAAAAAAGAAAUACAAAAUUAUUUGCAAAAUUUGUCAAGGCAAUUGCACAUUUUGGUUUUGUUUUGUGCUGGGCGAACGCGGCGUAUGCGUAAUAUAGCGAGCACGAAAACCAGCAACGAAACGGAAAGUGAUGCGUAAUUUGCCAGCAGCACAAAAAGUGCCAAAUAAAAAAAAGCAGAGCAGCGGAAAAAUAAAAUCAAAUUCAUAUAAAAAUAAAAAUACAACAAAUAAUAUAAAAAUAACUAAAUAAAAAUACAAAUCAAAAGCGGAGCAAUAAUGAGUUAAUGUUAUUCAGUGCGGCAACUCAAUUAGCAGGAAUAUAUUAAUUAAUUCGAGAAUCGAGAAACAAAACUCUUUUUAUAUAAAUGCAUGAAAAAACGAAAGUACAAAGCGCAGUUGGCCAAAAAUCAAGUGAAACUUCAACUAGCAGUUUAAGCAAUACAACAACAACAACAACAGCAACAGCCACAACAGUAGCAAAAGCAACAACACACAGCAGCUGCAUACUCAAGUAGCUACAAAAAAAAGCAUCACCAAGAACAAACAACAACAACACACAAACAUGCAUGGACUUCAUCAGCAUCCACAGCAGCCGCAGUCGGCGUCGCAGUCAACGUCAGCGCAACCAACGCCAGCCAGCAUGAAGACGUCGAGCAAUGUCCAGCAACAACAACAGCAGCAGCAGCAACAACAACAACACAUAGCCAUACAGCAUCCACAUGCGCAUCAUCAUCCACAUGCGCAUGCACACGCACACGCGCUAGCAAAUCAUCAUCCACACCAUCCACAUCAUCCACAACAACACCAUGCGCAUCCACAGCACGCUGCAAAGCUGCUGCGUCGCUCGCGCAGUCGCAGCCGCAGUCGCAGCCCAACGCCCGACGGCAGCCAAGACUACGAUGUGACGCGCAUGCGUGAAGAGGACUUUGAACGUUUGGCCGUCUAUUUGGUGCCCGAUGUGCAGGCAGAGCGAGGGUUGCCCAAUCGGGCGGAUAAAACGCUGCCGCGCAGUCUGACGUUAAAGUCCUCGAUGGUCUACUCAACGCCAAAUGUUAAGACUGAAGGAGUUUGGAGCAGCGGCGUGAUACCGCGUGGCACACGCUUUGGCCCUUUCGAAGGCAUUCCAACCUCAAACUAUCCAAAUGAUAAGAAUAAGGCGCGAUAUUUCUGGCGGGUGCAGGGAACACGCCACAUAACCUACGGGAAUAUUAAGAUCUUUAAGGACGAUGAUUACUAUUAUUUGGAUGGCUCGGAUCGCUCGCAGUCCAACUGGAUGCGUUACGUGGCCUCCGCAUACAGUCUGCAGGUGAUGAAUCUGGUCGCCUGUCAGCAUCAGGAGAACAUCUAUUUCUAUACCACCCGCGAUAUUCUGCCCAACGAGGAACUGAUGGUCUGGUACUGCAAAGACUUUGCCAGCCGCCUUGGCUACGAUGUGGAUCCCGAGCGCACAAUUUUCGGCGCCUGCAAGCAGGACGUAGAUGUGGAGGAUGAGGACGAGGACGAUGAACUGCCGCACAAGAAACCACACUAUGCCAUGCCCGCUGCACCCGAAAUUCCCGCCGAGGUGGCCGUCAGUCACAUUACCUACGUGAUGGGUCUGCAUCUGCCAGGCGCUGCUCCCGCACCCGCUUCCUCAACCGCUGCUGCUCCCACUUCGGCUUCCUCUACGCAAUGUUGUCGUCGCGGCAGUCCACCUGCACAUGUUAGCACCACGACGACGACACCAGCGACGACCACAAGCGCACAUCCGCACAUACAGCACAGUCGACAUGCGUCGGUCAUCAUCGGACAGGAUCGUUCGCCUUUGAACAGCUGCAGUGACAAGGACAAUGUCAAUUCAGCGGUCUCGGAGCAUCAUUACGAACAUCAGCUGACGCCGCAGGAUGGCAGCGUGCGUUCGGUGCGCUCCGAUGAGGGUUAUCACAGCAACGAGUGCCAGGAGGAUGGUCUGACGCCGCCCGAGGACUCGAGUGACAGCGAGAGCGAGCACAACUAUGUGCUGGACUGCUCCAAGAAAGCGAUUGCUCCGAAGGAAACAGUCAUAGCUCAGGCACAGAAGCCGAGCAGCGUGACGCCCCCAGCGCCCAGCACGCCGCCACAUGCGGCAACGCCCAGCAGCUGUCAGCCGGAGGCGGACAAGAACGAGUACCGCAAGUUCAAGGUGAAGAUGCCCCUGAAGUACGAGUUCAAGAACAAGAGCUGCGUGAAACAGGAACCGCUCAAGGAUGUCGACGAACAUCUGGCACCCACAGCGAGUCUGGAAGAUGAGGAGCUACAUGAACUGCAUGCUGCAGCUGCCGCUGAGGAUGCGCUGUGUCCACCUAGCACAACUACCACGCUGGGUGAGGAAUCAACGCUGAUGGAACCAACGAACUCACAGCCUGCGUCCUCCACCGUGAUUGUGCUGGAGCACAAUCGCACGAUUGUGCCGCUGAGCAAGCCCUACUACGAGGCUGAUCCACCAGCAUUAAGCGGUGAUCGCUAUGUGCGCUUCUCACAGCCCAGCUCGAGUAUCUUGGAGACCAUUCUGACCAGUCAACAUCGCUUGGAGGCUGCAGCAGCCGCUGCCAAUGCGUGUCGUCAGGCAAAUGCCGCAACGCCACCGCCAACUUCACCCACUGAGAUGGCCUACAGCUACAAGAAGUCGCAACGCUAUGGCAAUGCCGUGAGUCCCGACUCGAGCUCGAAUCUGGGACAGUCGCAGGAGCUGGCGGCGCCACUGCCCGAACAGGAAUUGUCCCUGAGACGAGAGACGCUGAUCAAGGGAGAAUGCGCAGCUCUGAUUAAGGGUGAAUGCUCACCACCGCCCCCAACGUCGCAUCAUCAUCACAAUGUCAUCUACUCCCCAUCCCGUUCACACUACGAGCCUGGAGCGCAUUCGCCCAACUAUGCGGGCUAUGCUGGCUACCCGGGAGCACAAUCUUUGCAUGCGGCCACCUCCACGUUCCAUUCUCCCCCGCACAGCUCGCAUUCGCCCUUCGACCGGCAGUCGAAUGCUUCAAGCGGCGGCGGCUCGGCAUCGAAUUUGCAUCUGCUGCAGAGCAGCACACAGAUGUUGAAUCAUCCGCUGAUGCAACCGCUGACGCCGUUGCAACGUCUGUCCCCCUUGCGCAUUUCGCCACCGAGCAGCCUCAGUCCCGAUGGCAACUCGUGUCCACGUAGCGGAAGUCCGCUGAGUCCCAACUCGUUGGCAUCGCGUGGCUAUCGCUCGCUGCCGUAUCCGCUGAAGAAGAAGGAUGGCAAAAUGCACUACGAGUGCAAUGUGUGCUGCAAGACCUUCGGUCAGCUGAGCAAUCUCAAGGUGCAUCUGCGCACGCAUUCCGGCGAGCGUCCGUUCAAGUGCAAUGUGUGCACGAAGAGCUUCACACAGUUGGCGCAUCUGCAGAAGCAUCAUUUGGUACACACGGGUGAGAAACCGCAUCAGUGCGACAUCUGCAAGAAGCGCUUCUCGAGCACCUCGAAUCUGAAGACACAUCUGCGGCUGCACAGCGGCCAAAAGCCUUACGCCUGCGAUCUGUGUCCGCAGAAGUUCACGCAAUUCGUGCACCUGAAGCUGCACAAGCGACUGCACACGAACGAUCGGCCGUAUGUGUGCCAGGGAUGCGACAAGAAGUACAUCAGUGCGUCAGGGUUGCGCACACACUGGAAGACCACCAGCUGCAAACCGAACAAUCUGGAGGAGGAGCUGGCCAUGGCCGCAGCAGCGACUUCCGAGUGUCUAGAUAAAGACUUGCCGGAGCCGGACUCUCGCGAGGCUUACGAGCAGCUGCAGCAACACAUGCAUCCAGGACAUGCGGUGCACCCGAGUUUGCGGCAUUUGACGGGCGGUCAAUCGCCGCCGCGUCUCAUACCACUCGGCAGCAACGCGCAGCCGCCGCAUUUGCAUAUGCCACAUCCACAGCAGCAGCAGCAACAAUCGCAACAGCAACAGCAGCAACAACCAUCAGCUGGCCACUUGUUGCAGCCACCGCCCAUGCUGCUGACCACAGCGCCCAAUGCGCCACAUCAUCUGCAACAGCAACAGCAGCCAACGGAGCAUCAACAGCUGCAACAUUUGGGACCAGCCGCCCAUCAUUUAUCCCCCAAAUCACUGAAGCAGGAGGCUGGCUAUCUGCAUGGCCACGGACAUGGACAUGGUCACAGUCAUGGUCAUGCUCAUGGUCUGGGACACGGACAUGGUCAUGUUCAGGCGCAGGAGAAUCGACCCUCGGUCAUUGAGUCCUCCAAUCAGCCCAUGAUCAUUGAGUGCACGUAGAGAGCGCAACAAAAAAAUAAAGGAAAUUCUAAUUAGCAACUAAAGUGCAAUAGCAAACAAAAAAAAAAACUUAAGUUAAGCAGCGUACAGAACACACACGGACAGACGCACGAGACUGUAGCACAAGCAUACAUAACGGUAUUAUUCUUAGAGUGUACAUAGGCAGGAAAACCCCUAAAAAAUAACUUACAAUCCACUCAAAAUUUUCAAAACUCAUUUCAAGAAAAGAAAACGAUCUCAACAAUUGGCAAAAAGAAAAUCGCCAACAAAAUGUGAAAUGAAAAACAGCAAAAAAUAUACUGCAUAUUAUUUUUGAUAAAUAUUUUAUAUUAAAUGAAAUGAAGAAGAAGCAUUGUUUAUAAUAAAUGAGCGAAAUUCAAUAAUAAGCAAAAGUAACAACAACAACAAACAACAUGAGAAACAUGAAAAAUGCAUUUAAAUUUGAUUUGUGUUUUAGGCGCGCUUAGUUUGUAAAUUUUUGCAUACACUUGUGCAUAAAAGUAAACACACACACACACACACACACACAUCAUAUAUAGUACAUAAACAAUUAGAUUCAAGUUGCCUUAUUUGAAUUUCGUUAGCACUGAGAGAGAGAGAGAGAGAGGAAAAAGAAAAAACAAUUUGCUUACAAUUCCAAAUUUUGAGCAGAAAGCAAUAAGAACAACAAACAACAAGUUGGAGGCAUAUAUGACGUAUUUUAUAUAUGAAUAUAUAUACAAUAUCGAUAUUUAAUAUAUAUAUUUAUAUGUAUUUUAUGUGCAAAGAAUUUUGUAAAUAGACCGAGAGACAGAGAAGAAUCAAAAAGUAAAAAGUGAAAGGAGAAUGCCUGCUUAAUUCGAUUAGUGUUUAGCGUAUUAAUUACACUUAGCCACGUAGUGAUUAUCAUUAUGAUUAUUAUAUAUUGAGUACGAACAAAAACAAAAAAACAAAACAAAACAGAAGAUGAAAAGAAGGAAAAACAAACUUAGCUGAAAAAUCGGUGCUUUUGACUGUUUCCAUUUGUCCACAUUUACAUUUACAUAUUGUAUUUGUAUUAUGAAACACAAUACCAUAAUCUUAAAUAAAUACCAUUUAAAAUACGCAUAAUAUAUUAGAGCCCAAGCAUAAACAAAAAAUAGCAUAUAUAUAUUAGAGAUAUAUUAGAUAUAUAAUAGCAAACAUUUAUCCAUACAACUUUCUCUACUUUUGCGCCUUUAGAAACAAUUUCAAACAACUCCCCAAAAAACAAGAAAACAAAAGAAAUAAGCAAAUAAUUCGUAUUUGAAACUUUACCAAAAUUAUUGAAAACGCUCUCAAUUAGUCUUCGUUUUUUUAUUAUUAUAUACAUAUAUUCUCAAUGUCGUUAAGUUAAGUGAGAAAAGAAAUGCUUAGUUAAUUAAUUGUCAUUGUCUGAUUACAAGUAAUUGAAACACGUAACAUUUAAGCUUAUAAUAUUAAUGAGGCUGACUAGCUGUUAAGUCUAAUCUUAAAUCUGUACUAUAUACAAAACAUACAUAUAUAUCCACUAUAAUAUACAUACAUACAUACAUAUAUAUAUAUACUGUAGCUAAAUACCAGCUCUUAACUGUAAGGAACAACACCAAUUCGUAACGUUUAAGUAUUUCUCUCCCAAGAGGCACGCGCUGCGGAGCGCACGCGGCGUAUACGUAAUAACUUCUUUAAUUAUUUGCUGCUGCUGCUGCGUGCGUUCGUCUUUUUGUAAAUCGGGGGUGUGGCUGUUCGCUGUUUUUGUGUGUGAGGGGGCGGCGCAGCGCGUGUUUUGGCCCGCUAAUUGAGACUAAGACUAUGCAAAAUUGAACAUUUUGUAUUUUUGUAUUCGAUACAAAGACGCAAAAGAACAACAUUUAGCGAUAAUCGUAGAUUAUACAAUAGUAUAUUAUAUAGUAUAUAGUUUAUAUAUGCAUAGAAUGUAAUUGAGAAUUUAUAAGCAUAUGCAAUAUUUAUAUACGCAUAAUUCUAAUUCUAAUGACGGAUGCAAGUCCGAGGAGAACCUACAUACAUGGAAAAUAUAAAAACAAGAUAAUCAAAAUUAUAAAAAACAAAUACACAAAAUUGAAUUUUUUAUUUUUGUUCACUCUUUCUUUGGUUUUCGCAUUUUGGUUUUCUAUGGUUGUUGGUUAUGAUUUCGUUAUAUUUUUGGCAAGUUUUUCGCUUUACUUUAUGUGCAUUAUUAAAAUAUUCAAAAGAAAAAGAAAAACAAAAUCAAAUACAAUAAAUAGCAAGUAAUACUUUCCUAUUUGUGAGACUGAGACUGAACGAAUUACUAUAUACAAUACAAAUACAUAACAUACAAACAUAUAUAAACUCUCUUACAACAACAAACAACAAAAACACAUUCAUUUGCCCCGCCCACUUUCGAUAUUUUACAACAAACAAAGGGAAAUAUUUUAGAAAUGAACUUUUUUUCAUACGACAACAGGAUUUUAUUUUCAUUCUGAAUUUCUUUUCGAAAUGCAUUGUAAUAUAUUCAAUAAAUAUUAUAGAUAUACAUUAAAAAUAUAUAUAUUUAUAAUAGCACACACGUUUGUAGUCGUAGUGAGACGAAGAAGAAGAGGAAGAGGAGAUACAACUUGUACAGUAAAUUGAAAUCUGUUUCAGGAUUCAAAAAAAGUGACGACAACACGUAAAUUUAAAUGGAGAAUAAAUGACUGCUUCUUAGUAUUAUAAGUGACUCUGAUUUAGGUCAAACAAACAAACAAAAAACAAAACAAAAAUCGAAUCGAAAUGAUAGAAAUCAAAUCCAAAUAUAUUGCAUUAUAUGUAUGUAUUCGAUAAGUAUAAUUAUACUUGAUAUGUAUGUCAACUUUUAUUGCGAAUCAAUAUUUCCCCCUUCCCCCAUAUAUGUAUCUGUAUUUGUAACUCUAUUUGUAUCUGUAUCUCUCUAUCUGUAUAUUCUCUCAUAUAUCUAUUAAGUACAUAUAGAGUGCAUGUAGAGCCUUUGUUAUUCAUCUAUAUAUAUAUAUAAAUUAUCACAUAUAUUAUAUAUAUAUAUAUAUACAUCUAUAUAUCUAUUUGAUUGACUUGAUUGUUUUUUGUAUCCACAAAUGUACAAAAUUGGUUCUCAUACACAAUUAAAAAAAAACGCAGCGAAUUUCAUUUGCAAUCAUCAUUCAAACGAGGAGGAAACAAAACAUUGCAAUUAAAACCUUAAAUUAGUGAUCGUAUUUUGUUGAAAUCCAUUUAAAAUGUUAGCGAUAUAUACACACACACACACACACACAUGCAGAUGUCUCUGUCAUUCACCCUUUAUGCCACAAUUGCAAAAAACAACACAAUACAAAAGAAAAAAGAAAAUAAUAAACAGACGAAGAAGUGAAAGAUGA